GACAAUAAUACCCUUACCUUAUCUUCUUCUCCACUAUCGGUUUCUCUCCCUCUCCCCAAGUCCCCGUCGUCUCUCUCUCACCAUCGAGUCACUGUCGUCUCUCUCUCCUUCUGGCGCCUCUCUCUCACCGUCUAGUUUCCGGCGUGUCUCUCUCACCGUCGAUCUCUCUCUCACCGUAGACUUUUGGCGACGAAAUCGAUUCAAAAUCUCCAAGAUGUCGACUCGUAUACGUGAUUCACAACUUGUAUGUCUCUAAUUUCUGUAUUUGUUUGUUCUCUAAUUUCUGUAUUUUUGUUUGAUUCGAUUGUGUGCUUUCUCUUAUCGAAAAAUUAAACAAGGUUCUCUUAGAUAUCUCAUUUAAAGAGGUCGAUCUAAGAGAAACUGAUUUGAUAGUGAAACGUUGAGAGUGAAAACAUUGAGUAUUUGAAAACUUAAAUCUGGUUUUGAAGUCAUAUUAAGAUUGAUCUGAAUGGUUCCGGCUAAGAAAGAGAUUUUCCGAUAGUGAAAACUGCAUAUUAAGGAAGAGAUAAUUUACGAUAGUGAAAACUGAAUAAUAUUUAAUUAUAAUCCCUUAUAAAUCUGGGUUUCAUGAGAUUGUUGAUAAAUACAACUCAAUGAUUUAUAAGUGAAGAAAAAAGAUGCAUGAAACAAAAGUCACAGGUACAAAAGUCACAGAUUACGAAGCCAUGGCAAACAUGAAGACUAAGUUUAUGGCUUUAUGGGAUGGGUUUUCUACUGAUCCAUAUACGAGGGUGAUGGUACUUGCUGCAACAAACAGACCAUCAGAGUUUGAUGAACCAAUAAUGAGGCGUCUUCCUCAAGCCUUUAAGAUUGGAAUGCCUGAACGUAAGGAGAGAGCUGAGAUAUUGAAAGUGACGCUGAAGGGAGAGAGGGUGGAGCCCGAUAUGAAAAUGGAGACCAUGUCCUCUAAGUUUCAUAUGAAAAUGUCUAAUGCUGCUGCAUUCACCAAAUUAGCAAGUGUUGAUGUUGUGAGUUUCUAUCAUUUUGUUUGUCAGGUACCUAGGCCAUUGUCAUAGUUGGAUUUGGAGAAAGUUCUUGCUACGUCGAAGACGACGCAAGUUGCAGCAGGCGAGUAUUGUGGAUUGAGAUGGUCAAGGGAACCAGAUGAGGUGGAAGCAGCUACUUUGUGUAUUUUUUUUUGUUCGAAGAAAGUCAACGAAGGUAGGCUUAGAACAUGUCGAUCUAAGGAAAAGAGUUUCAAUAGUAAACAUUGAAUUUUCGAAAAAUUAUAAACCUUUAUAAAUCUGGGUUCAAGUAAUUUUAGGAUUUUCGUUCCUCUGUUAUCCAAAAAACAAAUAAGGUUGAUUUAGACUUGUCAUUUGAAUAGUUUUAGUUAGGAGAAAGAUUUUCGGAUAGUGAACAUUGCAUUUUAAAGAAUUAUAACCUCUUAUAAAUUUGGGGCUUAGGAUAUUGUCGAUAGUACAACUCAAUGCAAUACAAGGUUUUAUAAAUAAAGGUUGUAAACACGAGUUGAUCAUAUAUGUCUAUAAAAAACAUAUAAAUGUGUGAAUUUGAAAAGUCUCGUCUUUUAUUAUCAUAUAUUCUUUGUAAGGCUGUUAUCGAAAUACAUAAACAUUAUGAUUGGAUAAGGUAUUUUUAGACCAUGAUUAAAAGUUAACAUCAUCUUUUUAUUUCAUCUUGCAGUUAGAUAGCAAUGAAUUGCACAUCUUUGAGAUUGCCUCUGAGGAUUUAUGAAGUUGGAACAGAAUCAGUAGACAAUCCAAAAGUGAUUAUCCAAUCGGUGUCUUUGUCAAUAAUGUGAAGUGUAUAUAAAAUAUUAUAAAUGUAGUUUUAUAGGAGUUUAUAAAAUUAAAAAUUAGAGAUUUGUAGAGACUUAUAAAACGUUGUUUAUUCUUUGUUACAUCUUGUGGUUAAUACAA